CUGCAGGCUGCUGCUGCUGUGCUCGGAGCUCCCCGCUCGGCUCCACUCGGGUCUGUUCGGAUCCGCUCGGCUCGGCUCGGCUCUGGGAAAAAGCGGCCGUGGGAUUAUCCAGCUCCGUAGCGCUAGCUCUUCGGCUAAAGGACAGCACUGCGAACCGAGGGGGGGAGCCAUGAAAAGCCGGCGGAGCCAGUGAAAGUCAGUCGCGGCUCCACUCCUGCACUUUAAUGUGCGUGGACACACAGAAAAGGAGGUUUACGGAUCAUGCCGUCGCCCCCGGCGGAAACUUUUCUCUAGGAUUUCCACUGGGGAACGGCUAGCCGAGGGGGGCUAGCGAGGCUACAAACUACUUUUAAUUGGCUUCGGGUGCUCCAUGGCUCUCGCUUGUUGUUCCCUGUCAUAGCGACAGUUUGGGGGAAUUUUCGGGAGAGGCCCUGCGAACUUCAUGACAAGCCAAAGCCCGGUUUUGAAGCGUAACUUCGGAAGACACGUCUGGCAAGGGGAGCGAAAAUGAAGAAGCAGUUCAAUCGGAUGAAACAGCUCGCCAAUCAGACUGUUGGCAGAGCGGAGAAAACCGAAGUUCUCAGCGAUGACCUCCUCCAGAUCGAGCGGCGCAUGGAACUGGUGCGGGUGGUGUCCCACAACACACACAAACGGAUGGUGUCGUGCCUGCAGGGACACAUCGGCGCUGACGCCGAGAAGAGACACAAAAAGCUCCCCCUCACAGCGCUGUCCCAGGCCAUGGUGGAAGGAGGAAACCAGCUGGGGGAAGAUUCCCUCAUAGGGAAGAUGAUGGAAGUGUGCGGCGAGGCGGAGAACCGUCUGGCGGCAGAACUGAUGCAACAUGAGCUGCAGAUAGAGAAAGACGUUCUGGAUCCACUCAGCCAGCUCGCAGAGGUGGAUAUCCCCAACAUCCUGAAGCAGAGGAAGCAGCUGGCCAAACUAGUGCUGGACUAUGAUUCUGCCAGAGCAAGAUGGUUGCAGGCAACCAAGUCAAUAAUCUCAGGAACAAACACUCAAGCACUGACGGCCAAGGCUGACCUGCUCAAGGAGGAGGUGGAUGAGGCCAUGAACAAAAUGGAGCUGUGCAAGGAUCAGCUGGCUGCAGACAUGUACAGCUUUUUCUCUAAAGAAGGCGACUAUGCGCAUUACUUCAUCACGCUCCUGGAAGCUCAGGCUGAUUACCACAGGAAGUCUCUCACUGUUCUGGAGAGCGUCUUGCCAACCGUCCAGGCUCAGCAAGACUCGUGGACGGAGAAGCCUGCGUUCGGCACGGGGCUGGACGACCACCUGAAGCGGAGCGGCAGGGAGAUCGCCCUGCCCAUCGAAGCCUGUAUCAUGAUGCUUCUGGAGACCGGCAUGAAGGAGGAGGGUCUAUUCAGGAUCGCAGCAGGAGCAUCGAAGUUAAAGAAGCUGAAGGCGGCGCUGGACUGUUCCACCUCGCAGCUGGAGGAGUUUUACUCGGACCCCCACGCCGUCGCUGGAGCGCUGAAGUCCUACCUGAGGGAGCUUCCUGAACCUCUGAUGACUUACCAGCUUUAUGACGAUUGGAUCCAGGCGUCCAGUGUGUCGGACCCAGACAAGCGGCUCCAGGCGCUCUGGGUCGUCUGUGAUCAGCUACCAAAGAACAACAAAACCAACUUGAGGUAUCUGGUGAAGUUUUUAGCCAAGCUGGCUCAGGACAGCGAGGUGAACAAAAUGACGCCGAGCAACAUCGCCAUUGUCCUGGGACCCAACCUGCUGUGGGCCAAGACAGAAGGGAGUCUGGCUGAGAUGGCCGCCGCCACCUCCGUGCACGUGGUGGCCAUCGUGGAGCCCAUCAUCCAGCACGCCGACUGGUUCUUCCCUGAGGAUGUGGACUUCAACGUGUCGGGCAUGUUUGUGAUGCCCACGCCGGCCUCCAACCACAACAACCACUCGGACUACGACAGCAGCACCAUCGAGAGGAAGAGGCCGGGCAGCAUGCUGGGGCCGGACGCCGACGCCGCGCGCAAAGAGAACACUCCUAACAAGUACUCGGACCACUCGCUCCGUAGAGGCAGUAACACCUUAGGUAGAAAGCAGCACACCUCACCCGCCUUCCAGCCUCCGCUGCCCCCAGUGGAGGGCCAGGGCCACGGGGCCGGGCCGGGCCCCCAGCCCCCGUACGAGGCCCAGCCACAGGCUCCGGCGGGGGGGUCGGGGUUCGACGCCUCCCAGCAGAGCUUGGCGCAGAGCCUGGCUGCGCUGGCGGCCGCUCAGCAGCUUCUAGCUCAGCACACAGAGGAGCUCAGCAACCCAAAGCCACGAGACCCUUCGUCCACGCCGACGCCGGUGCUCCAGAGGAACGGCUCAGGAGGAGGGGGGCAGGCUGCAGGGCAGCUGGGAGCCGCGACCCCCGGGGCUGGACCCACGGGGCCGAGUCCGCACACCCUGCGGCGAGUGACUAAGAAGCAGGCUCCUCCCCCUCCCAAGCCGACGGCGCCGCCCCCCAGCCAGCCCUGCACCACGGUGACCCCCGCCUCGCCGCCCGGCUCGUCGCAGCCCGCCAGCCCCUCCCCCCGGCCGCUGUCGGGCCCCUCGCCCGCCUCGCCCACCUCCCCGGCCUCGCAGCCGUGCGCCACGCCGCGCCGCCACUCCAGCAACCAGCCGCCGCUCCACGCGCCCAGCCACCCGCCGCCGGAGCCGCCCACGCAGGCCGGCACCGCUCAGGCCCCGGCGGCGCCGCCGGCCGCCGCGGACCCGCAGAGCGCCGACCCCUCGCCUCCGGGCACGCCCACGCCCCCGGACUCCCCGCCGCCCUCCGCCGCUGGCCCGGACGGCCCCGCCCCCCCGUCCCCGUCCCCCUACCAGUCGGGCUCCCUCCCCCGGCCGCGGCCCGUCCCCAAACCCCGGAACAGACCCAGCAUCCCGCCGCCGCCGCAGCCGUCCCCGGCGGCCGGCGAGACCAACGGAGUGUGUGCCUCGGCGUUCAAGAUGAUGGACCCUGCCAUGUCUUUCAAAGGGAUGAGUCGAGCUCUGGUUCCUGAGCUCGCCGUGGACCAGCAGCCGGCGUUCUCCUCCUCCUCCUCCACCUCUUCCUCCUCCUCUUCGUCCUCCACCUCGCUGCCUCUUCCCAAAGACUGUGAGCUGGACAGCGAGAGCACGGUGCUAUAAGGAGCGCGGCGCCGCCUCGGGUCCUGCUCUCGCCUCCGGGUCUGGCUUCACUCGCUGCCACCGCUACUCGACUUCCUGCGGCGUGGAGCGCCUCCUGGCGGCCAUCAUGGAGGACAUCGGCUGGCGCGAUGGGUCAGGUUCAUCGUCUGUCCGGGGCUGCGUCACGAUUCGACACCAUUCACACGAUUUAAAUACCAAAUAAUUAGAUAACUGCUGGAUUUCAAAGAUGUUUUUAUCACCUGAAAGUCCUCUUUGACCUCCAUGAUGGUGCCAGGUGGAUGCAACACACACACACACACACACACACACACACGCCUCUGUAUACCGCUGCAGAACGAAGCUCCAGACAAUCAGUGGUGAUAAAAGGCGGGCGGAGACUCGAGGUCUGAGGAACACGGAGGAGCAGCGACUCCCCAGGACUUCCUGUGUGAGGUGUUUUAUAUCUGGGUUUCUUUCUCUUUUUUUUUUAUUGUUGAAAAAGGCCUUAGAACAAGAAGAAGAAACCAUGAGAUGUAUUUUUGGGGGCGUGAAAAGUGAGCAGGUGGCGUCGGGGAAAAAAAAACCAAAAAGCUUGGAGUGUAGCAGGCGACUGCAGGUUUCCAGUCGUCUCAUCUACCUUCGCUCGGUCUCUCUGUUCACUUCCCGUCCCCGGUGUUUCUCCUCAGCCUUGUAUUUAUUUACAACACACACAUUCCCCGUGGCUUGACGUAAUUAAUGCAGUCUCUCAGUGUAAAAUCAUGCCUUAUGAACGGAGCCUGGUGUGUACCGUUACUGUAGCGGCGCCGCGGCGUUUCAGGGACGCGGGGACGGAAUAGAAGUUAUAUUUAAAUGUGUUUGGGUUGAUGUUUAUGGAGGGAGGGGGGGGGUUUGAAUGCAGCAGUAGCAGGAUGCGCGGCCCUCGCAGCCUGAUUGCACACAGCUUUAUGUUUUAUUUCCUGAACGUCGGGCGUUUCGGCGAGUGAACGGAGCGACGAAUUGCCUCCCCGUCUGCGGCGCCGUGCCCGACAUCAGAUCCAGCCGUUACACUGAUUGUCCUGUUACAGAUGAUUCACAGCAUCUUCUGAACUUCUCCCUGCUGCUUCACUGAUGAGGUCUUAUUGAUGUCUAUUUUUUUUAUCCUGCAAGGGGGGGGGGGGGUGCAAUCCACUGCAGUCAGACACAAUUCGGCGUAACACCGGUGUGAAGGUUUUCUCCUCUUCAGUCUUCCCACUGAGCUGAGCUGUGAAGCCUCAGUAGUGACGUGGUGUUAGAUUUGUUUUCGUUUUUUUUUUUUUUUACCAGGUCAGGAAAUGGAUUUGUUGUAUUUUUUUCUUUUCUAUUUGUUUUUUUUGGCCUCGGAUUCGGCUCCCGCAGAGCUGAGUCGACAUGGUACCAGUGGAGAAAGUCCUGGACGCUGAACCCCCGCGCCUCACUGCCUUACCCCCGACAAGCCACGGCAGACAGACAGACGCCAUUAAACUAGACGUGGCAACGCUGCAUUUCUUUUUGAGCUCCAUAGUUUUGUAUGUAUCCUGUCCGGUGAGCUUAAAUACGAAGUAAAACAUGUAACAUGAAUGCUUGGUUAUAUCCCCCUUUCCAAAGAAAAUAAAGUAUAUGAGGAAACUG